UAACCAAAACUCACAUUUGUCUUAGCGGAAGAGAGAACGAAAAAUGGGAUAUCAUGUCGUUCGUAACGCACAAAAACCACACGUAGUUUGUGUUCCCUAUCCGGCUCAAGGCCACAUCAACCCUAUGAUGAAAGUAGCUAAACUCCUCUACGUCAGAGGCUUUCACGUCACCUUCGUCAACACCGUCUACAACCAUAACCGUUUCCUUUGGUCCUAUGGGUCGAACGCCCUUGACGGGCUUCCGUCGUUCCGGUUUGAGUCCAUUCCUGACGGUCUGCCAGAGACCGAUAUGGACACCACACAGGACAUCACAAUCCUUUGCGAGUCCACCAUGAACAACUGUCUCGCUCCGUUUAAGAACCUUCUCCAACGAAUCAAUGCCAGAGAUAAUGUUCCUCCUGUGAGUUGCAUUGUAUCUGACAGUUGUAUGAGCUUUACUCUUGAUGUUGCGGAGGAGCUUGGAGUCCCGGGGGUUCUUUUGCGGACAACCAGUGCUUGUGCAUUCUUGGCUUAUCUACACUUUUAUCUCUUCAUCGAGAAGGGUUUAUCUCCCCUAAAAGAUGAGAGUUACUUGACGAAGGAGUACUUUGACAUUGUUAUAGAUUUUAUACCGUCGAUGAAGAAUCUAAAACUAAAGGAUAUUCCUAGCUUCAUACGUACCACUAAUCCUAAUGAUGUUAUGCUUAAACUCGCCCUCCGCGAGACGGCGCGAGCUAAACGUGCUUCUGCUAUCAUGGUAAAUUCAUUUGAUGACCUUGAGCAUGACGUUAUUCAGGCUAUGAAAUCCAUUUUACCUCCAGUUUAUUCAAUUGGACCACUUCAUCUCUUAGCAAACCGGGAGAUCGAAGAAAGUAGUGGUAUUGGAAUGAUGAAUUCGAAUUUGUGGAAAGAGGAGAUGGAAUGUUUGGAUUGGCUUGAUACUAAGGCUCAAAACAGUGUCAUUUAUAUUAAUUUUGGGAGCAUAACGGUUUUGAGUGCGAAGCAGCUUGUCGAGUUUUCUUGGGGUUUGGCAGGAAGUGGUAAAGAUUUUUUGUGGGUGAUCCGACCAGAUUUAGUGGCCGGGGAGAAGGCGCUGGUUCCACCAGAGUUUUUAAAGGAGACCACAAACCGAAGUAUGUUGCCGAGUUGGUGUCCUCAGGAGAAAGUUCUUUCUCAUCCGGCAAUCGGAGGGUUCUUGACUCAUUGCGGAUGGAACUCGAUUCUAGAAAGUAUCUCGGGUGGAGUUCCAAUGGUGUGUUGGCCAUAUUUUGCUGACCAACAAACAAAUUGUAAAUUUUGUUGUGAUGAAUGGGAGGUGGGAAUUGAGAUCGGUGGAGAUGUGAAGAGAGAGGAGGUUGAGGCGGUUGUUAGAGAGCUCAUGGAUGGAGAAAAGGGAAAGAAAAUGAGAGAGAAGGCGGAAGAGUGGCGGCGCUUGGGGGAGGCAGCGACGGAGCAUAAACAUGGUUCCUCAGCUAUGAAUUUUGAGAUGGUUGUGAGCAAGAUACUAUUGGGACACAAAUAUGAGGAUUAGCUAAAAUAUAAGAUGGUCACAUAAAUGUAUUAUUUAUAGAAUAAUUAUUAAAUGUUUUUCGUGUUUUUAUCA